AUGUCAAUCCAACUACUGAACAACAGGGCCGAUAGCCUGCGGUCGACUAAUGUGCUCUUGACUAACAUCAAUGCUAGCAAAGGAAUGUAUGAGAUAAUAAAAAGUAACUUGGGUCCGAAGGGAAGUUACAAAAUGUUGGUUAGUAGUUCAGGUGCUAUAAAAAUAACAAAAGAUGGGAAUGUGUUGCUUAACGAAAUGAUGAUUCAACAUCCAACGGCUAGUAUGUUAAGCAGAAUAUGUUCCAGUAUCGAUGAGAAUUUGGGAGAUGGAUCAAGUAGUAACUUAAUUGUUGCUACUUCUUUAAUUUAUUUAUCAGAAAAGUAUAUUUUGUAUGAAAACAUUCAUCCACGUAUCAUUACCCAAGGGUUUGAUCAAGCCAAAUCAAUUUUGCUAGAUGUAUUAGAAUCCAUGAAAAUACCAAUAAAUAUAAAAGAAAAAUUUGAUAAAGAAUUACUGUACAAUGUUGCAAAGACAUGUAUAAGAACCAAAUUACCAAUUGUUUUAGCUGAUAAACUAGCAGAUGAUUUAGUGGAAUGUAUAAAAAUAAUUUAUAACCCAGGGAAACAAAUAGAUCUUCACAUGGUAGAAAUAGUGGAUAUUAAAAAAAAUAUGAGCAUUAAUACAAAACUUGUUAGAGGUAUGGUACUAGAUCAUGGAUGUAGACACCCGAACAUGCCUAGUAAAUUAACGAAAUGCUUUACACUAGUAUUAAAUGUCAGUUUGGAAUAUGAAAAAAGUGAAGUCUUUUCAUCUUUUGUUUAUUCAAAUGCUGAAGAUAGAGACAAGUUAGUUCAAUCUGAACGAAAGUUUACUGAUGAUAAAGUAAAGAAAAUUAUUGAAUUAAAAAAAACACUAAUAGAGAAAAAAUUUAAAGAAACUAAUGAAAUUUACAAUUUUGCCGUAUUUAAUCAAAAAGGAAUUGAUCCCAUUAGUUUAGAUUUACUAGCCAAAGAAAAUAUUAUGGCUCUAAGAAGAAUUAAAAGAAGAAAUCUUGAACGAAUUGUUUUAUGUUGUGGUGGAAAUGCAUGUAAUAAUGUUUAUGAUUUAACUGAAGAAGAUGUUGGUUAUGCAGGACUUGUUUACGAAUUGUGUAUUAAUGAUGAAAAGUAUACAUUUAUUGAAGAUGUGAUAAACCCUAAGAGUUGUUCUUUAUAUAUCCAAGCACCCAAUGAUUAUACAAUUAAACAAAUAAAAGAUGCAAUUAGGGAUGGCUUAAGAAGUAUAAAAAAUGCAAUUGAAGACGAAUGUGUCAUCUCAGGAGCAGGCUCCUUUGAAAUCAUGGCAUACUGCAAAUUAAAAGAUGAAGAAAAAAAAAUCAAAGGGAAACAAAAAUUCUCCUUUGAUAUCUACGCCAAUAGCUUGUUGAAUAUUCCAAAAAUUUUACUAGAAAACAGUGGUCUCGAUAUACACGAAAUUAUAUUUAAUGUAAUUGACAAGUACAACAAAAAUCGCUCAGAGCCACUAGGAAUUGAUUUGGACACAGGGGAACCCAUUAUUGCACAUUUGAAAGGAAUAUACGACAACUACUGCGUAAAGAAACAAAUUCUUUCCAUUGCCACGGCCAUAUCACAGCAAAUUCUUCUUGUUGAUGAGAUCAUACGGGCAGGAAAAUCCAUGGGUGAGGAGAAAUAA